AUGGCGGCCACCACCGAGUCGGCGGGCAUCGACUGCCGGAGGCUCAUGAGGGGCAGGUUGCUGAAACCAGAGCGCAUUCAAGAGCGCGCCACCGCGCUGCACGCACCUUACAACUCCUGCAACCACGGCGGGCGGUUUGACUACCGGGAGAUAGCGCGGGUGCUGGGCACGCGCCAGCUGGCGCAGGACAAGCUGGUGGAGGUGCGCAACCUCAUCUCCAUCUUCGAGCACCUGGCGCCCGCGCUGGCCUACGGCGGCGUGCACACCUCCAUCGUCACGCUGUGGAACAGCUCCCGCAAGGACUGGGAGCUGCGGGAGUGCGUGCUGUCCACGCUGCGCCUGCUGCUGGAGGCCUGCGCCGUCACGCCCGCGGGCAUGAGCCCGUUUGAGGGCGACACUGACAGCCUGGAGGAUGUGGUUUGCCUGUUCCACGCAUACCUGCAGCGGGUGGUGGAGGAGGGCAUGGCGGCGCGGUAUGCGGCGGGGGUGGACCACUGCCUGGAGGCGCUCUUUUCGUGCAUGCGGUACCGCCUGAGCGAGGCGGCGGCGGCGGCCAAGGAGGCGAUGUGGGAGGAGGGGCUGCCCGAGACGCUGCUGCGUCUGGCGCUGGCGCCGCCUGCGGCGUAUGGAGCCCACGGCGAUGCGGCGGAGGGGGAGCAGGAUGCGGGCGUGGCGCACUUCCUGGGCGGCGUGGUGAACACGAUGCGGGUCAUCAGCUGCAUGUGCCUGGCGGACGCGGACACCCCUACAGACAUCGUGCUGGCCCACAGCGAGCUGCUGGGGCUGGAGGGCGCGAUCCCCAGCCUCAGCGCGAUGAUGGAGGUGGGGUACGACCUGGUGUACACGCCCAAGUACGAGGCGUACUGCGGGCGGGAGGGCUGCCAGGCCGCGGGCGGCGGCCUGCUGCGCAACUGCUUCGCCGCCAUCGGCUACGGCAUGCUGAUGGUCCCGGAGGAAGUCGUCCAGAAGCUGCGGGACGCAGGCAAGCCCGCCCCACGCCCGCCCCGCCGCAUCAAGGAGGACCGCGGCUACCGGGGCCACUACAAGCGCUUCUUCCGUUGCAUGGCCUCGAGGCUGCUGGCGCUCCAGGGCACGGCGAGCGAGCAGGUGGAGGAGCUGGCCAAGGAGCUGCUGGAGGAGGUGGUGCAGCUGUCGGCGCCGCAGAUCCUGUACGACGGACCCACGGGCUCGCAGCCGCGGGAGCCGUCGUACCAGAUGAGCGCGGAAGUGAGGCGGCCCAUGAGCCAGGCGGUGACGCCGGGCGGCGAGCCCGUGACGCUGUCUGAGGUGACGCUGUCCACCCGCGACUACUCCAAGGCGUGCGCCCACUGCAAGAAGGAGGCGGCGCAGGUGGCGGCAGAGGCGGCGGCCGCGGCGGGCGGCGGCCAGCAGGGGGCGGAGGCGGCGGGCCAGGCCAAGCUGCGCGCCUGCAGCGGCUGCCACCGGGCGCAGUACUGCAGCAAGACCUGCCAAACGCUCGACUGGCCAAACCACAAGGCUGAGUGCAAGAGGUACCGGCGGCAGCAGGCAUGA